UUAGCGGGAUGAAUGGUCAGCGUUGUGUCGCCGAAUGGUUUGGCAGCUUUUUCCCUCUCUCUCUUUCAGAUGGUGGGAGAUGGUCGCUCCGACCAACAGUUGAGGACAAAACCUCUGUCCUACUAAUCAGCUUAAUGCUGGCUUAUUCAAAGACCCUCUUUCAGACGCAGCAGCUGCUGUCAGGCGGUUUGAGGAGAGGGUGUGACUGCCAGCAGAUCUGGCUGAUGCAGAGAGACCGGUUGGUGAUUAACAAACGUCUGUAGACUUUGGAAUCUGGGGAGCCCAGUUUGAUGGCUUUGUGUCCUCGCGUCUCUUUGAACUCCAGGUCUUCCAGGUGGCUCCUUCUCGCGCUUUCUUCUCCUCCAAGCCUCCCUUCCCCCUCCUUUUUUUUGCCUCUCCUCUCGUCUUCUUCUCCUCGGGGCUGCAGAGCCCUGAGAUAAAGAAGUUCAGACAUGCCUCGCAUUUUUAGACCCCCUCGUGGAGCGUACUUGGCAGCAUCAACCGAGCGUCUUCGCUCUAUCUCCUCUCUGUGGCGGCGCGUCCGGCCUGUUCCCUUCAGCUUCCUGGGAAAGGAGGAUCCGGCGUUUUCUCUGUAAAUCUCCUGAUGUGUGAGAUUACGUCCCCGAGAAAGCAGAGGGAGAUGUGUUCUGCUGAGCCGUGCGGGCCCGGGGGUUUGAGCGCCGUACAUCUGGCGGAUAGAUUUCGGCUCUGCCAGCCUUUUUGAGGAUCAGAUCUGUGGGUCCAUGUUGUGUGCUGACUGAACACCUAUGCAGGCUCCUAAAAUGGCUGCCCUUGGAGCUUGACUCAGAGGAGGAUCUGAGCAGCUCAGCAGCUGUCUGACGAGAUGAAAGCACCCGUUUACUUGGUGUAGCAGAGACUUGCAGGCUGAGAAGACAACUACAAAACAGAUGGGGCUUGUGUGGGACGGCCCUUUUUUCUCUCUAAUCCUUCCGUUCAUCUACUUUCCAGAAGGAUUUUCUCCACAUCCAUGACGAGGAACCUAGUGUUUGAAGGCAACUGUGUUCACAGCAGCAGUGAACUACCAGGAGGGCAGAAGGGUGGGGCAACGUGGAGAGGCUGUAACCUGAACCCACGCAACAAUGGACCUCCUGGUUGCUCAGGGACAUGCAGGCAGCUUGGCAGGCUCAUGUGCAGAUCUGCAGUAGUCAGACCAGUUGGGUGUGGGAGCCAAUCCCAACUGUCUCUGACUGGAUUUUGACUUUGAAAGCACCUCCUGCUCUCAUAUCUCUGCUCUGGCUUAAGCUGUUGCGGGUUCAAAGGUCAAACUUAUGACUCAAAUUUCCCUGAUUUUCCAGGGAGCCUGUCCUCUUUUCUGUGAUGGAGGCACUGCAGUGCGAUGGCUGUGACUUCCGCGCCGACUCCUAUGAUGACUUGAAGAACCACAUUCAGGAAGUGCACACCGCUUUCCUGCAGCCUGCCGAUGCAGACGAGUCGGAUUCUGUGCGGGACGAGAACGGGGACGAGGAGGAAGUGGAGGAAUAUGCGGAUAAGGAUGACAAGGAUUACACGCCCGCUAAAGCUGGAAUGAGCCCCAGCUCCACGCAGAGCCCCAGCCAAGCAUCAGCCAGAUCGACUGCUGAAAGCCACCCGUCGUUUUUCCAGUGCAAGUUCUGCGUCCGUUACUUCAGAUCAAAGGGGUUUUUGAGAAACCACACCAGAAAGGUGCAUAAUGUCGUGGAGCAAGAUUCAGACACGAGUGCUAAGCAGCCCAGAGACACUGUCAAAGUGCCCAACUCAAAGGGGUAUUUUUGUGAACAUUGCACAUACAAGUCAAAAUACCAAGCAAGGGUGCUGAAACACCAGUUGAUGUGUCAUAAAGCUCCCUCGAACACCGCUGGAGAUGACGCGGGGGGCGCUGUUGCUGAGGAGAAACUGGACUCGGAAAAUGUGAAGGGAACGUUCCCCUGCGAGUGGUGCGACUAUCAGACUGAUCAGAAAGACAGCUGGACUGAUCAUGUGGCUAAAGAGCACAGUGAUAAGGUCAACGUGGUUUCCAGCGGUGCAAAACUGGAAGAGGAGGCAGGGGCUCCUUCACCCAAACCCGACACUCCCUCGUCUGCAGAAAGCCCAACCACAUCGAAGGUCAGCUGUGCUGGAAAGGAGGACUCAACGGGUCCAACUCCUGAGAAAAUGUUGGAAAACGCAACAGCAGACAUCGCAAACAUCCAGUACACACACAUAAGCGCUGCAACGCCCAACAGCACAGGUUCGUCCAUUUUGUCCAAAAGGUUUGUCUCGACCAACUGUGUCAUCAACACAAACUUAGCCAACGACGAGGACUCUAGGAGCAGCUUGGAAGACGACGAUGAAGAGCUGGACAUGGAUGAUCCCAGCUACACCGGAACGCUGUCUGCAGAUGCAAAGCAGCUGUUAACAGACGACGACAACAAAUUACUGGAAACAAAAGGAAUACCCUUCAGAAAGUACAUGAACCGUUUCCAGUGCCCCUUCUGCUCCUUCCUCACCAUGCACAGGCGGAGCAUUUCCCGCCACAUCGAAAACAUCCACCUUUCCGGGAAGGCCACCGUGUACAAGUGUGACGAAUGCCCUUUCAUUUGCACCAGCCCCUUGAAGCUCGGCACACACAAGCAGACCCACAGCCCCUCAGAUUUAGAGACCUUAGACCUCACGGGUGACAGUCCGGAGCCUCCGAAUGAUGGCGCCACGGAGUCGGUUAACGGCGGGAGCAUCAGCACCAGAGUGAACGGAAAAAAGGCAACCAGCACGCCAAAUGACCAGCAGAACCCCCAUCGCUGCACCCUCUGCAGUUUCUCCACCACGACUCUGAAAGGUCUGAGGGUCCACCAGCAGCAUAAGCAUUCCUACUGUGAUGACCUAGAUUCAUCUGUCUUUGAAAGCCAGAUUACAGACAACACGGAUUCAGAGGUGGAAGCUUCUCCGAUCUUUGUGCAAAAAACACAGACACCCAUUUUGGGACUUGCCACCAAAAAACCCUUAGUAUCAGGGAAACGAGCCAGGAAGUCCAUUAAUGACUUGCCUCUGGAUUUGUCCUCGGUGAAAAAGAGGACCAGAAUCGAUGAAAUUGCCAGCAACCUUCAAAGUAAGAUAAGCCAAAGCCAGCAAGACAUGAUUAUAAAUCUGGAUGACAUGGAAGAUGAGGAUGCUGGAGAAAAUAGUGCCAGUGCUGACGAAGGCCGAAACUAUGACAACAACAAAAUCUUUGCCUACAACACUCAUCAGCUUCUUGCGGUGGAGGGUGCGUCCUCUCACGAAGGAGUCAGAAUAGGGAAAAGAAAAAGUAACCCCAAGUCAAAGCCUAGGAGCAUUCCCAUAUCCCUCAUGCUCUCCGACGACGGCGAAAACAUGUCGGUUGAUCCGAGCGACCACGCGCUCCAGGAUACCAUGGACUACUCAGAUGAGCCUGGAACUACACGCUUCUACUGUAAACACUGUGAUUACCACAACAAGUCGGCUCGAAGCGUCAGCACCCAUUACCAGAGGAUGCACCCUUAUAUAAAGUUUAGCUUUAAGUACAUCCUGGACCCAGAAGAUCAGAGCGCAGUCUUCCGCUGCUUGGAGUGCUACAUCGAAUACACCAAUUAUAAUGAUUUGCAUCAACACUACAUGGAUCACCACCCCGAGGCGAGCAACGUGCUCAACUUCAACCAGCCACACCUGUUAUACAUGUGCCGCUUUUGCUCAUACACUAGCCCCAACGUCAGGAGCCUGAUGCCCCAUUACCAAAGAAUGCAUCCCACCGUCAAAAUUAACAACGCCAUGAUCUUCUCCAGCUACAUCGUCGAGCAGACUCACAAAUCGGGGGAGUCACAAACUCUGAGAGAAAUUUUAAACUCCGGCCCCAAGAAUUUUAAUUCGUCCUCACCGGGGCCCAGGUCUUCCUCCAGCCCAGUGCUCAAGUCUGUCCCACGCUCCCCUGAAGCCAGCUCUGAGGCCGAGUCUCUCAAGGAGUCUGCAAGUGGCAAUGUGGUAUUGUAUGACUGUGAUGUGUGCUCCUUCGCCAGCCCCAACAUGCACUCGGUGCUGGUCCACUACCAGAAGAAGCACCCGGAGCAAAAAGCUUCGUAUUUUCGUAUCCAGAAAACCAUGAAAGUGAUCUCUGUGGAUCAGUCGCAGCCCGUAGCCAACUCCUCUUUCAGCCCCAGCAUGUCCACCACGGCCAAACGGCAGAGUGCAGCGCUGUACGGCUCUGACGAAGACAUGUACUACUGUAAACACUGCGUCUACAGCAACAGAUCUGUUGUUGGGGUCCUGGUCCAUUAUCAGAAACGCCACCCAGAGGUGAAGGUGACGGCUAAGUACAUCAAACACGGCCCUCCCACCCCAGCCCUUAUUAAGCUGAUGGAUGAUUUGCAGAUAGCAGCUCCUAAGCAGUUUUUGAAGCAGCUUCAAAAUAACGGCUACGAUGGCUCCAGUAAUUCCAGUCCCAAACCAGGCGGCAGUGAUAAAGGAAAGGACGAGCUCUUUUUCUGUCAGCACUGUGAUUACGGCAACCGCACCGUCAAAGGAGUUCUCAUUCACUACCAGAAGAAGCACAGGGAGACGAAGGCCAAUGCCGACCUCGUGCGUCGCCACACCGCAGUGGUGAGGAGCCAACGCGAGCGUGCUCAGAUGGUCCAGGCAGGCAGUGCCUCGUCUGCUGCUACCUCAGCGCCAUCAGACCCUGAAAACGCGGCACCUCUACGCUCCCUUAAGUGCAGACACUGUUCCUUUACAUCCCCCUACGUUUAUGCCCUGAAGAAGCACCUGAAGAAGGAGCACCCCACUGUGAAGGCAACAGCUAUGACCAUUUUACACUGGGCUUACCAGGACGGCAUUCUGGAGGCGGGCUAUCACUGUGAGUGGUGCAUAUACUCCCAUUCUGAGCCCCAGGGCCUGCUGCUCCACUACCAAAAACGCCACCCGGAACACAACGUAGACUACGCCUACAUGGCCAGUAAACUGUGGGCCGGGCCUGAAACCACCCAGCAAGGGGGCAGCAUGGAGGGCAAACAUUACAAAUGCAAAGACUGUGCCUUUGAGGCGUGCUCUAUAUGGGACAUCACCAGUCACUACCAAGCUGUCCACCCCUGGGCUAUCAAAGAGGACGAAUCAGUGCUACUGGAUAUCAUCAAAGGAAACGGCUCAGACGAGAACAUCCACCAGCAGGUUGCCAAGGAACACGAAUCUCUGAAUUGCCAGGUUAUUGAUGAUGACGGAGCUCUUGUCAUUGACACUUCACCUCAAGAAAGCACUGCUCAUCCCUCCCACCCACGCCUCUCCAUCUCCAAUAAUCCUUACCAAUGCACUGUAUGUCUGUCGGAAUAUAACAGCCUCCAUGGCCUCCUCACCCACUACGGGAAAAAGCACCCGGGCAUGAAAGUAAAAGCUGCAGAUUUUGCACAGGAGGCAGACAUCAACCCCAGCUCCGUGUACAAAUGCCGCCACUGUCCUUACGUGAACUCUCGCAUCCACGGCGUCCUCACCCAUUACCAGAAAAGACACCCACUGGUGAAAGUCACCGCUGAAGACUUUGCGGAUGACAUAGAACAGAUCACGGAGCUGCACGAUGGAGAUGAUAAGUUCAAAACCCAGAGGCAAGGCUAUGGUGCGUACAGGUGUAAAAUGUGUCCGUACACUCACGGGACGCUGGAGAAACUCAAAAUCCAUUAUGAGAAAUACCACAAUCAGUCCGCCUCGGACAUGUUCACGGCAUCCAUGACACACUUCACCCAGUGCAAAGACACGGAGCCAGUGGCAGAGUGCAGCGUCGGCAACACGUCAACGGUACAAGUUCAGGAGGUAAGCGAGCUGGACUUCGCCCUGUCUCAGUUACCCAUCAAUAAAACAGAGAAGCACGCCGUGUUCAAGUGUCAGCUCUGCAAGUACUUCUGCUCCACCAGGAAGGGCAUCGCGCGCCACUACCGCAUUAAACACAACAACGUGCGCGCUCAGCCAGAGGGCAAAAACAACGUCUUCAAAUGUGCUCUGUGUUCAUACACUAACCCCAUACGCAAAGGCUUGGCAGCCCACUACCAAAAGCGACACGACAUCGACGCAUAUUACACUCAUUGUCUGGCUGCUUCAAAGACGAUUAGCGAAAAGCCCUGUAAAGUGCUAGCGCCAAUGUCCUCCGAAGGGGCAAGUUCAGAAAUGAGCGAAGAUCUGCGCUUGGCUAUAGAGAGCCGACGCUGCAAUCUCUGCGGCUUCCAAGCCUUCAGCAGGAAGAGCAUCGUCUCCCACUACAUUAAACGCCACCCGGGCGUCUUCCCCAAAAAGCAGCACGCUAGCAAGCUUGGCCGCUAUUUCACCGUCAUUUACGCCAAAGAGCCGGAUAAAGAUGACAGCGCAUCUGCGGAGGAAGACAAGGAAAUCCUGGAGGUUCCGUUUGAGCCAGAGCAGGAGACGGAUAAUGACUGGCUGCCGUUCAAAUGUCUAAAAUGCUUCAAGUUAUCCUUUCGCACCGGCCAGCUCCUCUCUAUGCACUAUAAUGACCAUCACAAUGCAGACUUAAGGAGAGACUUCCUGGUGUCGUCUGAUCCGGAGGACGAAAACGAGGAUUUAUACCAAUGUUCUCACUGUGAACUGAAGUUCCUGGCUCUCCCUGAUCUGGCCAAACAUCUUCUGAACCACAACGAGGAAUUCCAGAAGAGAGCCAUGAGGCAGGAGAGACGGAGACAGCUUAUAAGCAAACAGAAAACCGAGUUGCUGGACCACAAACUAGACAAGGAAUCUCCUUUAGGUAAAACACCGGUGGGGUACAGGUGCAACUUUUGCAUUGAAAUUCACCCGACCCUCCGGGCAAUCUGCAACCACCUAAGGAAACAUGUCCAGUAUGGAGAGGUCAAGGAGGGGCAGAUCAAGCAGGAAGUCAGUGACGUCCCCCUAAUGCUGCCUUUAAAGAACCUGACCAACGGUGACCUGGAUGGAGAGGAAGCAGCUGAAGUCGAUGGCCUUGAAAGACCCGGAGCCUCCACGAUGGGCUCACCAUACUCCCCAGCGUCUGGUGGUGACAGUGGCGGCCUUCCUGUUGCUGUGGAAACGUUGGAUCAGGAAACGGACUCUAUUGAGGGGAAAUCGGCGGCCCUGGUGGCCGCAGCGCGGGCCGCAGUUUCAGACAACCAGCUCAAGCUACGUUUGGCGGCGGGCGGUCACGCGUGCGCUCAGUGCGACCGUGUCUUCAUGUCCAUGCAGGGUCUGAGGUCACAUGAGAGGAGCCACUCCGCCAUGGCACUGUUCAGCAGAGAGGACAAGUACAGCUGCCAGUACUGCCAGUUUGUGUCACCUUUCAGGCACAACCUGGACAGACAUAUGCAGACUCACCACGGGCACCACAAGCCCUUCAAGUGCAAGUUCUGCCCCUUUAAAUCUGCCUACGCCAGUCGCUUGAAGAGCCACCUGCUAAAGGCUCACACGGGUGAGCAGCACACGUACAAGUGCUUGUCCUGCCCGUUCUCCACCAUGACCAUCAGUCAGCUGAAGGAGCACUCCCUGAGGGACCACGGCGAGGCCUUGACCCUCCACAAGCUCCGGGCCGCCUCCCAGGCCGCGCACGCCGCCCUCAGGACCUCCCGAAUGAUCGCCAGCAUGGAGCAGACCCCCAUGCUCUCAGACGAUUCGACAUACCAGGAGCCAGCUGAUGUUUGUCAGCAGUUGAAUCACUACAAACUGGCCUCCCGCAGUCAAAUGUCUUCCUGCUCCAAACUCGGCGGCCUGGCAGCCCCCGACGGCGUCCUCACAUGUGAGUUCUGCGAGUUCAGCUCGGGCUACAUGCAGAGUCUGCGCCGGCACUACCGGGACCGCCACGGCGGGAAGAAGCUCUUCAAGUGCAAAGACUGCUCCUUUUUCACCUGCAACAAUAAUACCUUCAUCGUGCACGUUGAAGCCGGUCACAACAACAACAACAACAAUGCACCGCAAGAGCUUCCCGAUGACCUGCGCUGUCCUCUCUGCCUGUACCACACCAAACACAAGAGCAACAUGAUAGACCACAUAGUUCUGCACAGAGAGGAGCGUGUUGCCCCCCUGGAGUUCAGCCGCUCCAAGCUCUCCCGCCAUCUCCGGGGUUUGGUGUUCCGCUGCCACAAAUGCACCUUCACGUGCUCCAGCGACCAGGCCCUGCAGCUGCAUCUGCAGAAGCACGAGGAGAUCCGGCCCUACAAGUGCCAGCUCUGCUACUACGACAGCAGCCGGCAGAGCCAGGUGGAGGAGCACCUACGUACCGAGCACAAGGUUAUUCGCAACUUUGAGCUGAUGGUUCGCGUCAACCUGGACAUGCUGGAGAUGCUGAAAGAACAUGGCAACAGCACAGAGGAUGAGGAAGACGAGCUGGACCUCAUGGGGAUGGCCAUGGGUGGACAAGACCCCCAGGAGGAAGAAGAGGAGGAAGAGGUUGAGGAGAUUGAGGACGAAGAGGAGGCAAUGGACAUUAUGGAGGGCAUGAUUGAUGGAGAGGAGGUGGAGGACUGCUUCAAAGAGGAGGAGGGGGAGGAAGAAGACGACGAAGAGGAGGAGCCGGUGAUGGAGGAGGAAGAACUGGAGGAGGAGGAGGAGGAAGAGGUGGAGGAAGAGAAACAGGAAGUCAACGAGCCAGAAGGGGAAAAGCCUCCACAGCAAGAAGUCAUUGCAUCACCCGGCAGCAACUCUGGCUCUGGGCCAAGCAGUGGAGACGUGCAGGAGAAGCGUCUUCCCUGCGAGUUCUGUGGACGCUGUUUCACCAACAGUCAGGAAUGGGAGCGGCACGUCCUCCGACACGGCAUGGUGGUGAACAACACCAGCUCCACCCCAGCGGCGGAGAUCCCCGCUCCGUCUUCCACCGGCUCCUCAGCGCCUGAAGAUUCCAGACCGGAGCCGGCGGGAGACAGCAAGGAGGAAGGAAAUCCUGCUGAGCUGUUGCUGACGAGUCAAAGCCAGCAUGUGGAAGACAAAGACAAGCUCGACACCAAAAAGGAUCAACAAUGCACUUGACCUGAUUGUUGCCUCUGGAAUCUCGUUGUAGGAAAUGGGUAGGAUCCAUUGGAAAAUAGGACAGAAAAAAACAAAAAAAAGUGACUUUUUAAUUGAGUUGGUGCAUUAGUACAUUUUAGGUGUUACAUAUACAAGUAUUAGGUUGUGCUGCAUUAAACGGCUGAGCUCUCUAAAUGGGCAGUCCCAUAGGACAGAUCUUAUUAUAUUGGUAACCAAUAGUGAACAGAAACUCUUUAUUGCUGACAUUCUGGUCAAAUCUACAGUGAAAGAUCCAACUUAGAUAAAACUAAGCUAUUUAUGAAGACGUUGGUCAAAAACAAAAUUGAGCAUUUUUAUUGUUUGAAGCACCUUUUGCUGUUGGCUCCACGUUGCUCAUCCAAAAACAGGGGUUCUGUGAAUUUACGACAGGGUUAUGAAAGCAUUUCUAACCUUGGCCCACUAUAGAGCUGCCAGUUUUCAUUUCCAAAUUGGAGUUUUACCUCAUUUACUUUUUAAUGUUGGGUAUUUCCGAAUAAUCUGUAUGGAAGCGGCACCUUAAAUCACGUUCUCUCCGCUCGGAAGGAUUUGAACCGUUUGCGUUUCUGGCAAACUGUAGGAAUUCCGGUUGUAUGUGAAAGCUUUCCAUCUGUGACGUCCCCGUUGGUUUUUCACUGUUGCUACUUUUUUUUUUUUUUUUGGCCGUUUUAAUUCGUUGACAAUUGUUUGGUUUGGGAAACCGGUUCAAGCCCCAGCUGUCCGUUCAUUCAGUACCAACCUGGAACCAAACCUUAGAAUUUCACAAUAAUGGCCUCUUGACCCAAAUCAGAAACCGCCGUCCUUUGAACGCCGAGCGUGGGACUGUGCGACCACGUGAACCACGUGAACCACGUGAACCGGAUGAGGUCAUUUGAGGAAGACCGUGCUCGAAGUGCCUUAAAGCGCAACUCUACUGGUGAUCGUUAUGCUGUUCAAAUGUAAUCAGUUUGAGAGAAAAUUCUAAGGAAAAACCUUCAAAUUUUACCCUAAAACUCGAUUUGAACUCACUUGAAUUAGAUUUUGUGCUUUUCAUAUUUGGGUAUCAGCACAAAGAAACAACUUUAGUGUCAUAAUUGAGUGUUUAGAAGAAUUUGUGGUUUGUCUUCCGAGUCGUAAAUGGUAGUGAUCAUCACUUUGCUCCUCCAUCUAUAAAGCUGGCGUAGACCUUCUACGUGUAUUUUGUUUUUGUGUCAAGAAGGCCACGCGUGAAAUUUCUGGAUGCGUUUUGAGCCAUGUUGGCUUUUGGGAUCUUUUGCCAUUUUUCAUAAACUCACCUCCAAGGUUCCUGCUCUGUUUUGUCCACUAAAGAGACGGGUGUCAACAGAUCAGAAGGUUGCUAAAUUCUCCAAAAAAACUAAAUCCAAACAAAAAAAACAACAUUUCUCAUUGUGUGUUGACAAAUCCGUCUGUUUACAGUUCUUUUUUUGGGUUCUCUUCUAGGAGAUGUUGACAAAAGGCAGAGAUUGUAUUUGUUGGGAAUUGCUGCUCGAAUGCCCUAAAGCCUUAUGAGAGAUGAAGUCAAACUUGAGUCCAGUUCCAGAAACACAGACGUCUAUUUAAAAAAGCUGAAACAAACCGGCCAAAAGCCUGAAAAUAACACGUUAAAACUCAUGCGGAAGUUGUACUUGGUAGCAAAAUUUCAACCAAGCCUGCUGCGUUUGCUGCUUCUUCUCUGUGGACGGUAAAAAUCUGGGUCUGGACGGUUAGAAUUGGAGCAGAACCCGGGUGGACUUCAUGUCUGCAGCCAUGUAUAGAAACAAACUACUCGUUUAGUGUUUGAACUGUGCUGUUUCAGAAAGGAUUCUUUAACCCUGGUUUCCUUUAGGUGUUCUCAGUUUUUGAAAGGAAAAAAAACAACUUCUCCUUAAGGGGGGGGAUUAAGGGAUUUAAGCCCCUGUCCAACAUUAUUACACUGUUGUACAAUGUCUGGUUUUGAAGAAAAAUGUCCUCCUUUCGUACUGUAAUGAGAGCGGUAACCGAAGAGGCGCGCACGCCUUCACCUCCCUCCAGUUGAACUUGCUUUCUCCUCCUCUGGGCUUGGCCUAAAUCCUCGGCCAGCCUCUAUUCUGACACUCCACUGUCCAUCCGGGGGGGGAUUGCAGCUCUCACACUCCAGGUGAACCCCGCCUCGUCGCUCUCACUCCACCCCAGCGGUCGGUGGAGACGACGUCCGCUCCUGGAGACGCCGCAGGAGCGUGUGACCUCAACGCUUUGUGUUUGGCGGGCCCGGCUCGUCUUGUCUUGAGAGUGAACCGUAGUUGUAGAAAUAAGCUCCGUGAGGCAGCUCGUCACCCAAAUCCAACGGGAAGCAGGAGACCGCUUGGGACAAUCUGGGUGCAAAGCUGUCGAGCCAACACCGUUUGUUGUUGUGUGGUUAUUUGAAUGGAAAAAUGACUCUGAAUCCCCUCACUGUGUGCAGCCUCUGGGCUGUAAAUCUUCCCAGUUUACCCAAAGUGAAGCCCCUGCUGAAAACACUGGAUACUUGUAUAUAUGUUUAGUUGGUUUCUGAUGCAUUUCUCCUUUCAGACUGUUGUCUCCAUAGUUGGAAACUAGGAUUUCUCCUUCUUGCCUUUUUUCCCAUAUAAAUCUGAUGGUGGGUUGUGAUGUUGCCUAGAAUGAUUGUUUACAAUUUUAUUCCAUUUAUCUCUGGAUAUUCUGUAAAUAUUGUAAUUCAUUGUCUUUUUUUAACUUGAUAAUAAAGUUAUCAGAUAACAGAG